AUAAUUGGUAUAAAAUGGCACUACCCUUUCUAAAUUGAUCAUUGUUCAGAUUUUCUAACAUAACAAUGAAGUGCGCCAUCAUAUUAACGGUGAUCAGCGUCGCUUUUGCGGCGUCAGUGCCGCAGCCGACGCAGCAGCGUAUCAUCGGCGGCAGCGCCACCACCAUCAACAAGUACCCGUUUGCUGCGCACUUCCAACUACUCGACGGUUUAAUUUGGGAUCCCCAUUGUGGUGGAUCCUUGCUCAGUAAUACUGUGGUGCUGUCCGCUGCGCAUUGCUUCGAUUUUGGUUUUGCGACGAGUCUCUAUCGCGUAAGGCUUGGCAGCUCCUCCUCAAUCAGCGGAGGAACCCUCUUCAGUGUAGCCUCUUACGUGAACCACCCUGAAUACAAUGAACUAGACAAAGAUGUUGCAAUUGUGCGGCUCGCAACACCGGCCGUCUACAGUGAAGUCAUCAGAGCUGCUCGCAUCCCAUCCAAUGCGUUCCCGAUUGCAGAUGACACUAAAUUAACUGUGAUUGGUUGGGGCGCUCUGUAUGUUGGCGGUCCAGCUGCGGAGAUCCUACAAGAAGUCCAGGUGAACAAAAUCAACCAGGAUAUUUGCGCCGAACGCUACAGGCUCCUCAACGAGCAGCGGCCACCAUGGUUCCAGUUGCCUGACGUCACCGACAACAUGUUCUGCAGUGGAAUCCUCGACGUGGGAGGCAAGGACGGUUGUCAAGGAGACUCCGGUGGUCCCGUCAUAUUGGAUAACGACAUCGUAGUUGGAAUCACCUCGUGGGGAGAAGGGUGUGCAGAGGCUCUGUACCCUGGAGUGAACGCGGAUGUCAGGGCCGUUAGCGACUGGAUUGUUGCAAGUGCUAAUUAAUAACAUGAGUGGUGUAAUAUUAUACUCCAUCUUCUGCAGAGAUAAUAAAUAUGAUAU